UUUUAAUUACACUUUGUAACACACUUUGUGUGUUUUAUUUCAGACCUUUACCGUGUCAGCUUGUCGUUGCCCUAUUGGAGUUCUUUAAAAUCAAAGAUGACAUUUUAGGGCCAGGUGGAAAUGUCACUGAACCACAACAACAUUAGAAGGGGGAGCAGCCAGAAUACGACCAACAAGUCACCAUUAUCACGGUUAUCUUGCAGCCUGGUUGCGUUAUAAGGCCAGCACAAUGGCAGACCGGUCUGAGCAACAGGAGCUGGAGAAGAUAUCAAUGAAGUUAAACAGCUUAUCGUUCAAGAAGAAUCAGCUUAAUGACCGCCGUAACAUGCUUAUUGUGCUGCAGGAUUACAAGAGCCAUGUGAACUAUACCAGUGCAGGAAACAGCUCAGCGCAGCAGUAUGAGAUUGAUUGCAUCGAUGCUGAGCUGAGGGAGGUGGCUGAAAAGAUGAAAGAGAUGCAGGAGUUCUAUGAUGAGCUUAGCCAAAAACGAAAGAAAGACGUUAUUCAUCAGAGUGGCUCGUCUGUUUUACCUCUUAGCCCUGAGCCCUACAUUAUUCUAAUUGAAGCCCCACCCAUGACACCAGCUCCCAUUGUGAUUCUGGACGUGACAAAACUCCCCCCGUGGCCGAGCCAAACACAGUGCCCAGAGUGUCGACAAUUCAUCACCACAGAAACUGUCACUUCAAUUGGAAGUGUGAGCUGCUUGGUGUGCGUUAUGUUGGCUAUGAUUGGCUGCUUGGCGGGCUGCUGCUUCCUUCCUUUCUGCACUAAUCACUUCAAGGACGUCACCCACAAAUGCCCAAAGUGUAGAACCUGCAUCCACAAAAUCACAAAGCUUUGAUGGAUAGGUUAUGUGCUGGAACUCAGAAAGAUAAGUCUUUUUCAGGUUCUACCAGAACACAGAACCCAUUCUUGAAUGUAACAGUCCAUAUAAACAUACAGUGCCAUUGUAUUAUACUGUUUAUACUUUAAGCUACUUUAAUGUAAAAUGUCAAUAUAUGA